AUGUCUACUAGCAAUGAUUUGAGCGAUGAAACUGAUGCAUCUCCAAGACUGAGGAUGAAGCCAGCUGUUAAUAAGAUAUUCUGCUGCAGCGUCACGGCUGCUUCUGGAUUUAUUGCUGCUUAUGCUCUGGUGUCCUAUGCAAUCGCCCUAAUAUAUGAGAUAGUAUGGGUUGUGGAGUCUCAGAGUGGUCUGCCUAUACCUUCCGCUCUGCUUAUGAUAUGUUACUGCGUGGUUAUAGCGGCUACUGUCGUGCUGGUUCACGGCCUUAUAUCUAAAAACAACAAAUACCUGCUGGCGUGGCUCAUAUCAGUGAUCUUGGUGCUGAUUCCUGAGUGUGCUCUAGUUUUCUACAUGUCUAUAAGCCAUUGGGGUCUUCAAGGGGUGUACGGAGGUGCUGAGCUGGCAUGCUAUGUGGCUCGACUACCAGCAAUUGUGUGUGGAGUUGUCCUAGUACAGUCUGCGUAUGCACUUAGAGAAGCGAGGAAAAGUGAAUACGGUGCUGGCGUUGGUGUGAGCGGUAGUGAGUUCGAUGCCAGUCACUACGUCCCCGAUACUGCGGCACCGGCUUUCACUAAUGAGGGCUUUCUGGCGGAUAAUGGCAAAUCCGGUUCAAUGCCAGAUCUCCGUCGUCACUUGGCCGCUCGUCAAUCCAUUAAUAUGGGUUACCCCAUCAUGUUACCACAACCACCUCCCGCCUACUGGCAACACUUAGCGGAACGGCAGUGCGCAGCUUCUCUUCGUGGCUACCCGAAGCAUUAUCCACAAAACUUUGGCACCUGGGUUGGUCCCAGAACCGACUACAAACGUCGCCACUCAGUCGUUGGCGCGUUUGACGAAUACCCGACCAAAUAUGACUUCGACGAUCGUAUGGACUGUAAGAGCGAAAUUAACGAACGGGUGAGCUACCCGUACAGACCCUAUUAUGACCCAAGAUAUCCCCCAGAUUACGCAUAUUUCCAGGACUUCAAAAGGGAAGAUGCGGGAUAUGGGGUCAAUUUGUUACGACAUGAUCCAUACUAUAGAGACAGGAUGUACGCUAUGCGGAAUAGUCACACGUCUGUGGGAAACGAAUCGGAUGAUUUGACUAAGUAUAAAGAUGUUGCUUUAUAA